AAAAGCCCGAAAAAAGAAAAAGGAAAAAAAAAAAUGCGGUCUUUUGAUUCUUGAAAGAUGAAAAUAGAACAGAGAAGCGCUUUUCUAGUAACGUUAAAAGAGUGCAAGAAUCCAGAAGGAGGUCAUUCCUCUUUCUCUCUCUCUCUCUCUCCCCGUUCCAAAAAUCUCAUUGUGGUAUCUGAUACAGUAUUGGUUACCCAAUGUAGCAGAAGAGUUCUUCCCCAAUCUAUGCUUCUCUUCUCACUUUGAUUCUGUUGGUGGGGAAUCGAUUUCCUGUUUAUGAUGCUCUGUUCUUCUUUCCGAACACGGAUUCGAUCUUGGCUUCGGGAUUACGAUAAGAUUCAAGCAGUUGCUGUUAUUCUCAUCUAUAUUCAAAUCGGUUGCGCGUUGGUUGGAUCUCUCGGCGCAUUGUUCAAUGGCGUCCUGCUGAUCAAUUUGGCCAUAGCACUGUUUGCCCUUGUUGCAAUUGAAAGUAGCAGCCAGAGCCUUGGCCGGACAUACGCUGUUCUUCUUUUCUGCGCGAUCCUGCUUGAUAUCUCGUGGUUCAUUCUAUUCUCGGAUCAGAUAUGGAACAUUUCUCGUAAGCCAUUUGGAACCUUCUUUAUCUUUUCAGUGAGACUUGCACUCUCGAUGCAAGUUGUUGGGUGUUCUGUGAGGUUGGCAUCUUCAUUAUUAUGGAUUCAAAUGUACAGAUUGGGGGUUUCAUCUGUAGACAAUUCAGCUUCUCAAGGAGCAGAUUUUGAUUUAAGGAAUAGUUUUUUGAAUCCCUCUGCACAUGCCGUGGCUAGACAGAACUCUGACUCUGAGGACACAUUAGGAGGUUCUAUUUACGACCCUGCUUAUUACUCAUCUCUCUUUGAAGAUGCUCAGGAAAAUGGAUAUCAGGGACAUGAUCAUAGUAUUGGUGAUUUGGGGUCCACAUCAGCUGCUGAAGCUUUACAAUUGAAGUCAUGCAUUGGCAAAUCCUUUCAGGUUGUUGAUGAAGAGAGUGCACUAAACAAUCCGUAGAGCCAUCCAAUUUUGAUUGUCAUCCCACAGUUGGAGUACAUUGGUGGUGAAGUCUGAACUCAUUGGCAUGCAUUCACCAUCCUUGUCUCAAUUUCCAAUUUUUGUUCAUUUUACAUUCAGAUUGGGCCAGGUAGAGUACAGAAGUGGGCUGUGUACAGUUACCAAUUAUGUGUCAUUCUUUUCCAUGAGAUCGAAUGUGAUGAUACCAUAUUAUGCAACAUAGAGAGAGGCAUGUCGCCUUUUUGUUCUCCAAGAAUUAUGCCAUUAUCAGAGAUUCUCUGUUAGUGAUGGUAGAUUAUGCUCUCCAUUGGUAUAGCUCAAAUCUUGUUUGCCACUUUUGUGCACAUGGAUCUCGACAGUGCCCUUGGAUAGUGGCAGCCUAAAUUGACAUUGUUCAGACUUCACAGCAAACUCACAAACAUGAGCUCUCUUCUCGACUGUCUAGCUGCUAUAUUUUCAUGGCUGAAAUGUGGUCCAAGCAGGGGGAACUCCUGUGUAGAACAUUGAGGAAUAGUGGGAUGACUGAUGUUUUUAGGGAUUAGAAGAAAUUCAACUUGAUGGAUGAUCCUACCCCUCUAGUCUCAGGUACAUUUCGAUAUUUAGAACGGAGAUAUGAGUUCUGAUGGUAGGGGGCUGGGAGAUGCAUUGAUCCCAUAUUUUGUUCCACUGAUUGAUACUGUUUGCAGCCCGUAGAGGAAGUCUGAAAUGAGGGUGAUACUUCACUCUGAUGAAUGAAUUGUAGUAGAUCAGUUUGCAAAUUGUAGUGAAAUUUCAAUUUGUUAAUUCCAUCUGAUUGCCUAGCCUAAACUUAAUUCAUUUCACGGUGAACAAUGAA